GUUUUUAUUAUUACAGGAAACACAUGAUCCGGUCGGUUCGGUUUUUGUUUCUGCGACUUUGAUCCUUAUUUACUAGCGUCUCCAGUAUGUCUCCUCUUUGACGUUUACGUUUUCAAAUCAAAGUUUUCUGUGGAUUUUUUUACAAUGAACGGGUUUAGUACCGGCGAAGAAGACUCCAGGGGGCCCGCUGAUCAAGUUUGUUGUCUCGUCGACGUUGGGAUUCGGUGUUCUAAACCGGCGGGUAAUGCCUCUUAUAGUAAAAGGAUACAAAAAGCUGUUCGAAAACUACAAUUGAGUAUUGAUAGUAGUGCUGGUCAUACAUAUAUUUGCGAUUUCCACAAAAUGAUUAUUCAAUCUGCACGGAAUAAAAGAAGAAGGAAAGAUUCAGAGGAUGAUAGUAAUGAAACAGACACCGAUGUCCCUGAGGUGGAUUUAUAUCAACUUCAAGUAAAUACUUUAAGGAGGUACAAAAAGCAUUAUAAGGUCUCCAUGAGACCCGGAUUGAAUAAACUCCAACUGGCUGAUCAAUUGAUGAAGCAUUUUAAACAAAUACCUGUAAAAGAAAAAGAUGUGUUAACCUUUUUUAUAUAUACUGUGAAAACCCAAGGAAAUAAGCUGGAUCAAAAGAAUGGGAUCACUGGAGAUAACACUUAGGCUUUAUUAAUCUCGACUUAUUUAAAUAAUUAGAUAAUAAUGAUAAAGAUUAAAAAAUGUAAAUGUCUUCUAA